AUGUCUGCAAACGAUAUCUUGGACGUGCUCAACAUCCAGCGAGAUGACGCCAACCAGCCCGCCAAAAAGAAGCAAAAAACUGAACAGCAGCCCCAUCUCCAGAAAGGAGGCAUGGCCAGAGAACUAUAUAACCUCUUGGGACCAAACACUCCUCCUGUGAACAUGGCGAUGGGUCCAGGAUCAAAAAUCAAAGAUAGAAAGCUCAUGAAAGUGUCUCCAUGGACGAAAAUGCCAUUUGUUCCAAAUAAACAGGGCUCUACGGUGGGACCUACAUUGCAUCAUUGGGAGAAGGGAAGCCGUGAAUUACUCGAACAGGGAAGAGAAGAGAAGCCAUAUUUCUUUGAUAAGUUCAUUGUCAGUAUAGAUAUUCCUGAGUUUGUGGAUGAAGAAAAGUAUGACAAGUUUAUGGAGGAGAUUACAGCAAAGAAGGAACAGAAGAGGAAGGAGAGAGAAGAGAGAGAGGCUAGACAUCGGGAGGAGCAGAAGAAGGCAGAGGAGGCCAAAAAGGCGAAGGAAGCUGAAGCUGAGGCUGCAAAGGUGAAAAAGGAGGAUGAGGAUCCGAAAAGUUCAGAGUCUAAUGGUCCUAAGGCUGGUAGUAAAGAGAAGACGUCUAAGGACCCAGAAGAGGCAUCUAAAGAUACGUCUGAUGACGUUCCAGAAGAACCAGAGGAACCAGAAUGGACAUACGAGGAAACAAAGCUUCUAUUUGAGCUCUGCAAGACAUUCGAACUCAAAUGGCCCGUUGUGUUUGACCGUUUCCCUGCUAAGGACAGAAAACUAGAGGACUUGAAGGAACAAUUUUAUAGAAUCAGCUCGCUCAUCCUUAAAGAUAACGGUACUGGUAACCCGCAUCUUUUGGAGUCUUUGGACGCUUUCUCCAAGUCUGCUGAGCUCGACAGGAAACAGUACCUUGAAAACCUUCUCAAAAGAACCCCAGCUGAAAUCGCUGAAGAAGAAUCGUUGGUCAUUGAAGCUCGUCGUUUCGAGCUUGCCGCAAAGAAAAUGCUCAUGGAAAGAUCCAACUUACUCACAUUGCUUGAUCUGCCCCAGGCAUCCCAGCUGGUUCUGCAAUAUCAGUCCUCCCAGGGCCUCACAAACUUGUACAAUAACUUGAUGAUCAUGGACAAACAUCAAAAGAAGAAGCAGUUGCAGCAGCGUGCUACUACCAGCAACGACCCUGUGCCUCCUGCUAUCCCUAUGGCAGCAUCUUCUUCAUUCAAAAAGGACAAAGCUUUCCAAACACAUCUUCAGCAAUACUUAUCUGGAGUUCUCAAGCAACAGCAAAGCUCUGGCCAGCACGUCAAAGGCGAGCCAAGUGCAAUUCAACAACUUCUUGCAAAGAGACUCACGCCGAAAGAAGAAGAAGCUUAUGGCCUUCAUUACCAUGCCAAUGACCGUCUCACUCCUGGUGUAAUGCUACGCUCAGGCCACAGGUUGCCUGGUUUGCAACAAAGACAGUCUGUGUUCAAGUCCAUCAAUCUGUUGCUCCAGGAACUUGAUAUUCCUACUGUUGGAGGCACUACAUGGAAACCUGUCAUGCCAACGAGGAAAACCAUGGCCAAAUACGAUGAGCUUAUCAGAGCAAGUGUUGCUUUGCUAGAGGUAAAGAAGGGUAAGGAUAAGAUGGAAGCAGAGAUCGAGCUCAUCAAGAGCCAGCACGGUCUUCAAUAA